GUUGACGGUGUAACACCGACCCAGAGACCAGAGAGCCAUAGCUAACAGUUUGCUGUUAAACACGUCCAAAUAGGUUGUUUUUGUAAUAUUCUGACUUUAGUCAAAUGAGUGGCCGAGAGGACAGUGAUGAGAGCAGCAAACGGAGGGUGGCUUAUGUCUACAGUCCGGAGUACAUCGAGACUUGCGACACUUUAUCCAAAGUCCCAAACAGGGCGAGUAUGGUCCACUCCCUGAUCGAAGCAUACGGACUGCUACAACACAUGAGUGUUGUUAAACCUCGAGCAGCCACCAUGGAGGAGAUGGCCAUGUUCCACACAGACUCCUACCUGGAGCAUCUGCACAAGAUCAGCCAGGACGGAGACAACGACGACCCUCAGUCAGCCGACUUUGGCCUGGGCUAUGAUUGCCCCGUGGUGGAGGGCAUAUUCGACUAUGCGGCGGCAGUAGGGGGCGCUACCCUAACAGCAGCAGAGUGUCUACUCAACCAAAAGUGUGAUGUGGCCAUUAACUGGGCUGGAGGCUGGCACCACGCUAAGAAGGAUGAAGCCUCGGGGUUCUGCUAUGUGAACGACGCAGUGCUGGGAAUCCUGAAGCUGAGGGAGAAGUUUGAGCGAGUGCUGUACGUGGAUGUUGACCUGCAUCACGGAGACGGUGUGGAAGAGGCCUUCAGCUUCACAUCCAAGGUUAUGACGGUUUCUCUCCACAAGUUUUCUCCUGGUUUCUUUCCCGGCACCGGUGACCUCAGUGACACCGGGCUAGGAAAAGGCCGAUGGUACGCCGUGAACGUCCCGUUGGAGGACGGGAUUCAGGACGACAGAUACUUCCAGAUUUUUACCAGCAUAAUGCAGGAGGUGCGAACACAGUUCAACCCAGAGGCCGUCCUGAUGCAGCUGGGUGCCGACACCAUGGCGGGCGAUCCCAUGUGCUCCUUCAAUAUGACCCCUGUAGGGGUGGCCAAAUGUCUGCAGCAUGUGUUGCAGUGGCAGCUACCUGCUCUGCUGCUGGGAGGAGGAGGCUAUAACCUGGCUAACACGGCCCGCUGUUGGACGUUCCUAACCGCCACUGUCCUGGGGAAGACGCUGUCCUCCGAAAUCCCCGACCAUGAGUUUUUUACAGAAUACGGACCGGACUACUCGCUGGAGAUCAGUCCGAGUUGUAGACCAGACCGCAACGACAGCAAACACCUGGAGCGGGUCGUCAGUACCAUCAAAGGGAAUUUAAAGAAUGUGGUUUAGGACCUGGCAGCCUCCUCCACACACAUUCAUACCCGCACCAUCUUUCCGAACCAGGUCUAAUGAAGACAAUAUGGAGUGGACCCCUCCUGCCCUGAGGCAUGGAUCGAGCGAAAAAGGGAGCAGAGAGGAGAACAAGGCCGUUUUGGAAAACAUUAGUUGAGUGUUUCCAGGAGAGAACAGUUUAAUAAGGAAUGGGGGGUUGUUGUGGUCUCAAUACAAUGUUCACUGUUUUUCAUUCAUUGCGUUUAAAAAAAAAAGAUGUUUGUGGCUUUGUGUGAAUGAGAGUUUAUGGUAUGUUCUUUGUAGCUUUGUAAAGCUGGAUGACAGCAGCGCACCCCCCCGAGCGUUCGGCAUCAAGGGACGCAUCGGUCGGACAUUAAAUGGAAAAAACAGAUUUUUCAGGGCUCUGGUUUCAUGGUCUCCCCUCUGUCCCGCUGUGUGAUUUCAUCCUUUUGCGGACAGAUGAGCAAUAAAACAGACAAAACAUUCAAGUUCCUUCAAGGCCCUGUUAAAGUUUUGCGUCUAAACGGGUCUGGAACCCGUUAAAAAGUUUGUAAAAAUGUCUAGAGAAACAUAUAGUCAGCAAACUGGGAGCCAACAGUUUGGAAGAAUUUACGGACACUGCGGCUUUAGUAGAAGCAUUUAAAGUGCUGGGAUUUUAGAUUGAAAAGAUGGAUCCUUGGAGGACUGUUGGGGGCUGGUGCCUAUCACCGGCCGUUGGCCGAAGGUCAACGAAAGACCGAUUCACAACCCCAUGCUGGGAUUUGAAUCCAGAACCUUAUUCCUGAAAGGCAACAGGGUCUAUCAUCCAGAAGUAGUGCAGGAUAAAAAUACUCAUUUGUUUUUAAAUGAUAAACCUCUUACCUGUAAUCACAAACGUAGUUAAUGUUUGUUUAUUUUCCAGAAACCUUGUUCCAGGGACUGGAAAGGCAAGAACUGUAUAUAAUUUAAGGCCAUCUGUGGCUACGGUAUACAUGCACCGUAUAAGUGGCGGAACAUUUCACAUCUACUACCCGGUGUGUCUGACAUACCUAAACCGUGAAACAAUGUGUUGGCAGAGCGUUUAUAGUGGAGGUUUGAGAAAUCUGAGGUAGAGUUUUGUUGGCUUUAGUUGUUUCUUUGACUCGGUAUUUACAUCAUUUAAACCUGAGACUCUGGCAUUUCAGAUCUCAAUCUUUUCUAUUUUAAGUCAUUUUCCUUCUGCCGCAUGUCGACAUUAAUCACCGGGGAGAGCCGUUGCUAUGGAAGAGUCUUUACAUGUUCUAUAAAGCUUAAAAAAAACUCAACACUUUAUUUUUAUACUUUAUAAUUUAGGACAUUUUGGCUGUAUUUGUCAAUUGUUGCCACCUUGUUGUGACGUUUAAUAAAAAG